AAAAGAAAAAGAAGAAGACAAAGACAACAGAGAAUUUGUAAACCAACCAAAAUGAUUGCGAUUAUUGAGAUUAGCGAAUUCGAUAUUUCAAUUUUUAUUUGAAAUUUUGUUGUAAACAACCUACUAUUUGUCUUAUAUAACUUGCAAAAUAUCAUUCAGUCUUAAUAUUUUAUUUGCCUUGACUACCAAUUACCAGAUAUGAUUAUAAAUAAAUUAUUGGGAGUAUUCGGAUCCCAGCGAUUGCUUCAAUGUCGAACAUUUGCGAUGAGAAUAGCAGCUGAUGGUAAAGCAAUACCCAAAAAGAAAACUUUUGAGAAUCGGAUCACGUUGAUAGGAGCGGAUAAUACAGUUAGUAUAAUUGAUUUGAAGAGUGCUGAAAGUUUAUCUUUGAGGAGAGAGCUAAAGUUGGUCAAAAUACAGGAUGUGGAUUCUAAAACUAGGCGACCAGUUUAUAAAUUAAUGACAAAUUCUGAAUAUCAUGAAGAAGAAUUGGAAAAACGAAAGGAGAGACAGGAAGCGCGACAAAGGAACUCCAUCAAAGGGCAGAAACUUCUAAAUCUCUCAUCUAAAAUAGGAGAACAUGAUCUAAUGACAUCUGUAAAGAAGAUGAUUAAGCUUCUAGAAAAACAAUACGAAGUACAAGUGAUUCUUAUGUAUGUCGGUCAAGAUGGAGAAAAAGUGUGUGAAAAGAUGUAUGACAUAAUUGAAAAGAAUACAAAAUCAGCUGGCAAAUUGGUUCAAAAAAGGAACAAGGGCAAUAGUUUAAGGUUCCAGUUGUUGCCUGUUAGAGAAAAUUCCACACAGACUGGUGGUGUAUCAGACCAAAACACAAAUGGAAAUGAUAAAGGGCCACUGUGACUAGUGAUGGUAAUUUUUUCUAUUAUGAUUGUGAAGUAUGCCCUGUACAGAAAAUAUCUUCAAAAUAUAGAGAGGAAAGAAGAUGGAGAAAUAAGAAAACAAAAAUACUUCGCUAAUACUUUUUUGGCUAAAUAUUAUACUAAUAGGGA